AUGAAAAAGUGUCCGGAAUACAUGGACCGCAAGGUGUUCGAAUUCGGGACGGAGAAUGAGGGCCCAGGACCUGCAGCAUACGGGGCCCGGACAACGGUGGGUCGCCUGAACCGAUUGCCAACCGUAGCCGGUGCACCAGCGUGCUCGAUGCAUCAGAGGCUGGACUUAGGCAACGAGACCGAGGGGCCAGGGCCGGCAGUGUACAAUCUGGCCCAGCUGACGUACCGUGGUCGAGCCGUGGCGCCACGGUACAGCAUUGCCAAGAAACUGCCUUUCGACGGCGAUAUAGACAGCCCGGGACCGGCGGCGUACAAGCCUAGAGUCCCGGUCAAGGGUCCAGUACCCAAGAUGCUGUUUCGGAUAAACAACCCGGAUCCCGAUUACGAUUAUCCACCAAUUUUGGUUGUACACCCACCCCUUAAAAUAGGUGUGGCGGCUGCCACACCUAAUACAUGGGUUCGGCGCCACUGUGUCAACCCUGGGUCCAACGUUUCCAAGUUUCCGUCAACACUGUCACGAAAAAAGAUUACGAUGGCCAAGAAAAUCGACGAAAUCAUAGACAUCAAAUCACCCGGUCCGCCCGCAGGCAUACAAUCCCACGCUCAAGUACAAGUAUACAAAGUUAUGCCGAAUUUUUCGUUUGGGAUGUGGCGUCCCGAGAAAUUUCCACCAUUAGUGGUGUGUGGCGACGAUGUUAAAAUAAAAAAAUAA